CUCACAUACACGCUCUCCUCCCUCGCCACUUUCUCCAGCCAGCUUUGCCUCCCCAGCUUUACUCUACAAGCAUGUCCUCAGACGUGCAGCCGUGUGAUGAAGCGGAGCGACUAACUUCCAGAGAGCACCGGACGAAGGAAACCCGCUGCACGAGUAGCAGAAAAGCUUGAGAGCAGGGGCAUCCCAAGCUGACCCCAUCCGGAGACUUCUUCCUGGGCUGAACACAAUGGAGACUGUUUGACAGUGAAAGUGGAGGUUUACUGUACAGUAGCUCAGCUGGAUUUCCUCACCCCUUCAUGACAUGCAGUGAGCUGAUGCCACUAACAGGUGCAAAGGCGAUUCAAAGCCUGAACUCCAACUGAAUAAAAGAACAUCCCCAAGACCAGAUGCAAUGGAGAUGUUCAAUUUCACCAGCUUCACCUACUGGAAUGCCUCAGAAGGCACUGACGCAGGGCCUGUCAUUGAACCCGAAAGCCCAUACAAGACUGUGGAGGUGGUGUUCAUCGUAUUGGUGGCUGGGUCCCUCAGCCUGGUCACUGUUAUUGGAAAUAUCCUGGUCAUGCUUUCCAUUAAGGUCAAUAGGAACCUACAGACUGUCAACAACUACUUUUUAUUCAGCCUUGCAUGUGCUGACCUAAUCAUCGGGCUGUGUUCCAUGAACUUGUACACAGUAUACAUAGUGAUUGGCUACUGGCCCUUAGGACCUGUGGUGUGUGAUCUGUGGCUAGCCUUGGACUAUGUCGUGAGUAACGCAUCUGUCAUGAACCUACUCAUCAUCAGUUUUGACAGAUACUUCUGUGUCACAAAGCCUCUCAGCUACCCUGUCAAAAGGACCACCAAGAUGGCAGGGAUGAUGAUUGCUGCUGCCUGGGUCCUGUCCUUCAUUCUGUGGGCCCCGGCCAUCCUUUUCUGGCAGUUCAUCGUGGGCGGGCGGACAGUGCCUGAGAGGGAGUGUUACAUUCAGUUCUUCUCUAAUGCAGCAGUCACCUUCGGCACGGCCAUCGCAGCCUUCUACCUGCCCGUUAUCAUUAUGGUCAUUCUCUACAUACAGAUCUCUAUAGCCAGUAAAAGCCGGGUGAAGAAGGAGACCAGGAAGCCGUCAGGGCCCAACCCAGAGGCCCUGUCCCACGAGCAGGCAAGGUGCAGUAAUUCUGCCAAGCCCAUCAACAACAACGUGACAGCAGAGGACACAGAGCAGGGCAGGAUCGAAGCCACAGAUGACGUGGCCAACCAGCACGACGGUAAACUGCAGAACGGCAAGGGCCCGUCCACCACGGGUGGAGAUGGGGAGAUGGAGGGCGUGGAUAGGGGUAGGGAGAACUGUGCCCACGGAGAGGAGAAAGAGAGCUCCAACGACUCGACAUCUGGCAGUGCAGCUGCAUCCAACCACAAAGAAGAAGAGGCGGUGCCAUCCAGAGCAAACUGCAACGCCGAGCUCGUUCAGCAGCCAACCCGCCACCGGGCCAAGGCAGGCGGCUCCAAACUCACCUGCAUCAAGAUUAAGACCAAGUCUCCCAAGGGGGACUGCUACACACCCUCCAACGCCACGGUGGAGAUCGUCCCCGCCACGGAAAAGCAGAACCACGUGGCACGGAAAAUUGUGAAGAUGACCAAGCAGCCGCCCAAGAAGAAGAAAGCACCACCGUCUCGGGAGAAGAAGGUGACCCGUACCAUCAUGGCCAUCCUGGUGGCCUUUGUGGCCACCUGGACCCCUUACAAUGUCAUGGUGCUCAUCAACACCUUCUGCUCCAGCUGCAUCCCCAGCACGGUCUGGACUAUCGGCUACUGGCUGUGCUACAUCAACAGCACCAUCAACCCCGCCUGCUAUGCCCUCUGCAAUGUCACUUUCAAAAAGACAUUCAAACAUCUCCUCCUCUGCCAAUACAAAAACAUUAGGUCAGCUAGAUGAAUAUGGAUGCGAGUGUGCGUGUGUGUGUGUGUGUGUGUGUGUGUGUGUGUGUGUGUGUGUGUGUGUGUGUGUGUGUGUGUGUGUGUGUGUGUGUGUGUGUGUGUGUGUGUGUGUGUGUGUGUGUGUGUGUGUGUGUGAGAGAGAGAGAGAGAGAGAGAGAGAUAGAGAAAGAGAGAGAGAGAGAGAGAGAGAGAGAGAGAGAGGUUUAUGAUGUGGUCCCUUUCCUUUGUUUUUACUCUACGGCUCAUAAGAGAACAUGUAUCCUGCAGCCAUGUUGGGUUUGGCUCUGAUGAAUGAGAUUUGUGAUGCAACUGUUGAGACAUAAGACUUACAAAGAAGCGCACAGCCAGGAGAACAAAUAGACCGAACAUGAAAAGGACAGUUGGAUAGAGAGCUCUGCACUGCACAAGACGAAUUCUAAGGGAAAAUAGGGCUGACUGAAUUCACAUACUUCCCGUUUGAAAUUCAGUGUAAAAAAAAACGAAACCUGUAUAUAUCAAUGUAUACGCAAAAUAUGUGUGUGUGUGUGUGUGUGUGUGUGUGUGUGUGUGUGUGUGUGUGUGUGUGUGUGUGUGUGUGUGUGUGUGUGUGUGUGUGUGUGUGUGUGUGUGUGUGUGUGUGUGUGUGUGUGUGUGUGUGUGUGUGUGUGUGUGUGUGUGUGUGUGUGCAUCUGUCUGAGCGUGACAGAAUGAUCCAUCACACAGUUUCAGUGGAGAUGUCCGCCAGUAAAGACAGCACAAGGACAUACAGUACAUACUACAAACUGUUAUCUGUAUGCCGGUGGCACUCUGUGUUGGCGGCACACAAAGCAGAGCAGCUUGUCUAAACUGCCUCUCUGACAUGUUCAUAUACGACUGAGUAACAUGGCUGGGAGCCCUCCUAUCUCCAGGGAUGGACCAUAAGUGGCCCCUGAAGGGCAUAGCAGGACAGAGACCAGGCCUGGCCAGGGUCACCUCUCACCACAACGUAGGACUGAGGUUAGGAAACUUGUUUUGAAAAAAGGUCAUGAGUAAACAAAUAAAUAGAUAAGGCAUUGUCUAAAAAGGCAUUGUUCAGUUACAUUAUUUAGCUUGCUAUUCGUUUUCCACAUCAUUUUAGAUGAUCGGCGAUUUGAUCUCUUACAAUUAAUUACAUGAAGAGUUUGACGUUUAUUUGAUUGUAUAUUAAGAUAUUUUUUUGGGCAGAUAGUCUACACUCUUAGAAAAAAAGGUGCUAUCUAGAACCAAAAAGGGUUAUUUGGCUGUCACCGUAGGAGAACCCUUUGAAGAAACCCUUUUGGUUCCAGGUAGAACCCUUUUGGAUCCAGUAGAACUCUUUUGCCUUCCAUGUAGAACCCUUUCCACAGAGAGAUCUACAUGGAACCCAAAAGAGUUCUACCUGUAAACAAAAAGGGUUCUACCUGGAUCCAAAAAAUGGUUCUCCUAUGGGGACAGCUUCAGAACCCUUUUGGAGCCUGUUUUCUAAAAGUGUAUUGAUGCUUGGAGCUUGUAAAUACAUUCAGAGUGUAGCAGUUGGCAGGGGCUUGGAGCCAAAGCCUAUUCAAUUAUACAGGAAGGGAUCUUGUGCUUUUCCAGGGGUGAGUUGGAUAUUCCUCUGAGAUUGGAUUUUCAACAUAAUUUGAUCCCGCUAUGUUGCAGAUGUUACAGCCUGUAACAAGAGCCACCCACCUGUUGUAUGUCAGUCCUGACUGAUAAUGAAGAGAAAGAUUGAAAAUGAUUGUAUUUUUGUCUUGCUGUCAUCAGAGGUGGUUGAGUAGGGGUUACCAAGGUUGUAGAGUGAUUGAAAGAGUGUCAUAUCAUGGAGAUUUAGAGGUUAUUUCAGUGCAUGUUUCUGUUGUUACUCCGGAAUGGGGUUAAAUACCAAUAAUCACAGGCCAUGGCCUUGUGAAUUAUAAGGGCUACUCGAUGUUAGAUGUACUAAUUCAUCUACAUCUGUGUGUGUGUGUGUGUGUGUGUGUGUGUGUGUGUGUGUGUGUGUGUGUGUGUGUGUGUGUGUGUGUGUGUGUGUGUGUGUGUGUGUGUGUGUGCGUGUGUGCGUGUGUGCGUGUGUGUGUGUGUUUAACCAUUAGUAAACAAACAAAAAUUUGAACAACUGGGGACAUUUUGUUAGUCCCCACGAGGUCAAAUGCUAUUUCUAGGGGGUUUAGGGUUAAGGUUAGAAUUAGUGUUAGGGUUAGAAUGAUGUUAAGGGUUAGGGUUAGUAGCCAGGGUUACACCAUACCCUAACCGGCCGCACGAGUGCGCCAUCGUGCGCAAAAUGAUUUUGUGCCCCCAAGCGCGAUCACGACACGCAGGUUAAAAUAUCAAAAUAAACUCUGAACCAAUUAUUUUUAUUUGGUGACAGGUCAAAUAGUAUUAAUAAUUUAUGGCAAUUUAGCUAGCUAGCUUGCAGUUGCUAGCUAAUUUGCCCUAUUUAGCUAGCUUGCUGUUGCUAGCUAAUUUGUCCUGGGAUAUAAACGUUGAGUUGUUAUUUUACCUGAAAUGCACAAGAUCCUCUACUUCGACAAUUAAUCCACACAUAAAAUGGUCAACUGAAUCGUUUCUAGUCAUCUCUCCUCCUUCCAGGCUUUGUCUUCUUUGGACUUUAUGUAGUUUAUAUAGUUACCACGACGACCGACCGAACUCAGUUCAUCUUUCAAUCACCCACGUGGGUAUAACCAAUGAGGAGAUGGCACAUGGGUAUCUGCUUCUAUAAAACAAUGAGGAGAUGGGAGAGGAAGGACUUGCACCGCGUUCAGCAUCACAAAUAGAACUGACUUCUAUUUUAGCACUUGGCAACGCAGACGCUCGUUAGCGCGUGCGAGCAGUGCGGUGUGCAAUAAUUCAAUAACAUGUAUGUUUAAAUGUAUUUUGCAACGAGCGCAUGCAACGCGAGCGGUGUGGUCAGCAUGUUAGGGUUAGGAGCUAGGGUUAGAGUUAAGGCUAGGUUUUUGUGUUAAGGUUAGGGUUAGGGUUAGGAUAAGAGUAUGGGUUAGGGUUAGUUUUAGGUUUAGGGUUAGGGGUUAGGGAAAAUAAGAUUUUGAAUGGGACUGAAUUGUGUGUCCCCACAAGGUUAGCUGUACAAUACUGUGUGAGUGUGUGUGUGUGUGUGUGUGUGUGUGUGUGUGUGUGUGUGUGUGUGUGUGUGUGUGUGUGUGUGUGUGUGUGUGUGUGUGUGUGUGUGUGUGUGUGUUUCAUCACAUGAAUAUAGAUGAAGUCAUAUGUAUUGUUUAUGUCCGUGUGUUUUAAUGAGAUCACAGUCUAAGGACGUUAGAAAUAAUACGACACUAGAAUUCCCAUGUUUUUGUGCCAUACUGUUUGUGUCCAUACAUUUCGUCCACACCGUAUGCUGAUCUUCAACACAGUCCAUUUAUCUCUGACAUGCUAAUGUAUUCCAAUUUAAGUAAUGAACAUAAAGCAGCCAUGGGAUGGUCGCCACGUUGGUUGCUAGGGGGCUUAACAGAAAAUGACACCAGCAUUGAGCAGCCCCUUAAGGCAGUCUCCUUAAAGAGAGAUAUGGGACAGGCCUUUAAUGGAAACUCACCAUGAGCCUGAUCAGAUUAUAAAAUGAUGUGGAACACCUACUGGAGAUUAAAGAUUGGCCGUUACGCGCUCGGUUUACACAGCCCCUCCCCUCCCGUCCCACUUAGUGUACCACUUGCUCCUGAUCCCGUUAUGUGUGACUGUGACGUCCCCUAUAUCAGGGCAUUGUUUAAAGGCCCGUGAAACAUAAGGAACAUCAUAUUUACAUCUAUCUAUCUAUCUAUCUAUCUAUCUAUCUGUCUGUCUGUCUGUCUGUCUGUCUGUCUGUCUGUCUGUCUGUCUGUCUGUCUGUCUGUCUGUCUGUCUGUCUGUCUGUCUGUCUGUCUGUCUGUCUGUCUGUCUGUCUGUCUGUCUGUCUGUCUGUCUGUCUGUCUAUCUAUCUAUCUAUCUCUCUCGCUCUCUUUCCCUCUCUCUCUCGCUCUCUCUCUGUCUCUCGCUCUCUCUCGCUCUCUCUCUCGCUCUCUCUCUCGCUCUCUCUCUCGCUCUCUCUCUCGCUCUCUCUCUCGCUCUCUCUCGCUCUCUCUCGCUCUCUCUCUCUCUGACAUUGUCCCCCAGUGUCUCCUCCCCCUUAAUGACAUUGUUAUGACUAACAUCGCCCCCAAUAUUAUAAAGAUAAAAGACAACGCAACCUACUGAAAAAUUCACUAGAGGCGUCAAAAUAACACAACAUUUAGGUCAUGAGUAAUUAUUAACAAAUUCUGCUUUUAAUGGAAAUGUGAUGGCAAAGUAAGUGGAAGAGGAUGAAGAUCCUCUGAAUCCUUGAAAUCUUCCUUAUUUAAAUGCAGGUUAUCCUCUGGAAGCCUGGCACCUAUAAUUCAGUCGAUCUGUUCGACUGCCCGAGCCCAGCUGUGUGCGCGAGCCCAGCAGUGUGCGCGAGCCCAGCAGUGUGCGCGAGCCCAGCAGUGUGCGCGAGCCCAGCAGUGUGCGCGAGCCCAGCAGUGUGCCCGAGCCCAGCAGUGUGCGCGAGGCAUCCAUCCAAGUUUACAAUCCAGCCAUCCGUCAGGUUGAUAAGUGGACCCAUGUCUGGGUGUCAUCUGUCACACGUCUCAGUGGUUGGUGUUGCUAAGAGCCUCCUAGCUUCCCAGAACGGAACGUCUGAUUCAGCUCAGGCUAAGCUGCUGUUUGAGUGAUACCAGCAGGAUAGUAAGUGCUCUCCAACACAACUGGUGGUCUGGGUCUUUUUUGAGAACAGUUAUCCGGGUGUUUGAUGGAAAGUGACAGCCAUUUAUCACCAAUCGAGGGACAGGGUCCCCAGACAAGAUGGCUGUCACUCACUGAGUCUCAGUGGAAUGCUCUUUCAGCUGCUUUCAGACACAGUGGAAAGCUCACACCCCUUUAGCACUCCUCACCCGUCAACAGCAUAUUGUUUGACUAACAGAAAUCCUGCGCUGUCCACUUUGUACGGUCCGAUAAGCCCACAUUUGUAGUCACAGUUGCAGAGAGGCGGCCUGUCAUCCACAGGAUACACAACAGGCUCUCACAUCUUAGGUACCAUGUUUGGAUACUGUCAGCCAUUUCAGACAGGGUCAGCCAAAGGUUUCCACAAAAUAAAUAAUGCGUCCUUCAGGAAUCACACGUUACUGUAUAGUCUAGAGAAUGAUGGAAACAAAGGGAUGGAGUACAGUAACUCUCAGAUGGAUUUUGGCUAGACUUUUUAUUACCAUACUGUAACAACAGGACAUAGCUCUCUGUCCAUGUGGGGGGGUGUAUUUCUCAUUGAGUGGAUUCACCUGUCGACGUACAAAGAGCCUCAUUCCACUGGUAUAUUUCCCCUUCAUCACAUAAAAAUUGUCUCCAUGGCGUCAACAGAUCAUCAUGUGCCGUCUGAGCUAGCUGGGCUCCUCUUCACACGGCUUGUUUCAAAGGGCUAAACCUUUUUAGGGAGAUGUAUUUUUCCCUAAAUGUUUGAUUGUGAUUGAUUAAAUGUUGGGGGAUUUUUUGGUUUAGUAGUUAGUUAGCUAGAAUUGUGAUGUUUUGAUAGUGUACUUGAGAAAUGUGUGAAAGCGUAUUUAUUCAGAUUGUUACUGUGUUGUUUGGUCUGUUCUUGAGCAGAGGGUUAGUACCCAUUGGGAUGGGAACAUCCUGAGUCUCUGUUUCUAGUUGAGAUAGUUGGGCUACUUCUGCCACUUAUAGCCGUGUUUCCAAGGCGAUGUGGUAUGUGUAGUGUAUCUGAACAGAGAAAUAUAUCGCCACAUUGUAUACUGAGCAAUUUGAAGUGCCUUAUUACUUAUUACCCAUUCUUAUAAUUGCUCAUUGAUAUUUAAAUGGAUGUUUUAUAUUUUCAGGUGAUGAAAUCUUUGUUAGAUGGUGGUGCAAUUUAAGGUGACAGUCAUAGAUGUAGAAAAGCACAAGAUCAUCUAAAGUCUGAAAUAUUUUCUCCUUCUUCCUUGUGGUUGUGGAAGGCAUAGGUUUUGUAAAAGGGGGAAAACAUGUAUCUAAUUCAUCCCUGGAGGUUUAGAGGGUACUUUAACACGUGUGUGUGUGUGUGUGUGUGUGUGUGUGUGUGUGUGUGUGUGUGUGUGUGUGUGUGUGUGUGUGUGUGUGUGUGUGUGUGUGUGUGUGUGUGUGUGUGUGUGUGUGUGUGUGUGUGUGUGUCUGUGUGUGUGCGCGCAGGGAUGUCAUGCACCCCAAAUAUGUAUGUGAAGAUGGCUGGGGGGUGGUCCUGAGGGGGGCUAAUUUGGCAUUUUUCAAACACCUGAAACAGCUUUUUUCUGCAAAUUAGAGACAUAAUCAUUAUGCUUAAUUAUAUGUGAAAAUGUGUCUAUUUUUCGGCAUCUCUAAGCAUACCUCUUGAUCUGUCUGUAUCCUCCUGACUGGUGGUUCUUAUUAUAAAGAAACUAAAUAUGUUUCUCUGCAUCUCUGCUAAAAUCUGGGUAAAAGAUUGAAAGGAAUGUGAGUCUUAUUCAGUACAUUUAGUUAAUGCUUGCUUUUCUAAAGCCUACCAACCUUGCCAGCAGGCAUGCCAGCUAACAUAGUUAGACAAGCUAGCUACUCUAACUUGAUAGCCUGAAAUGGCUUCAUGUUAGUUACUUAUGCGGUCGGGAGAUUGGGAACCUAUCUGGGCUAGGUAAAACCAACUUUAUAAAAUUGCUAAGUGGCUAGUUGUAUUACAGAGAAAACAACGACAACAACACACACACACAUAUAUACUAUAUAUUAAUUAAACAGGACAAAUCUGAGGGGGGCACCUGCCUCUAUGGGCAUGAUGCCUCUGUCUGUCUGUCUGUCUGUCUGUCUGUCUGUCUGUCUGUCUGUCUGUCUGUCUGUCUGUCUGUCUGUCUGUCUGUCUGUCUGUCUGUCUGUCUGUCUCUGUGUGUGUGUGUGUGUGUGUGUGUGUGUGUGUGUGUGUGUGUGUGUGUGUGUGUGUUUGCUUUGCUUUGCUUUGCUCUGCUCUAUAAGAGACCCUUAGCAUGUCAAAGCACCAAGUGGCAUCUGUAAAUAAAGACAACCCCAUAGAAACACAAGCCACACAUUGCAUUCAGGGGGGCAAGAAACACUAAAGGAUUCAACAAACAAUGUUGUUUCUGUCCUCACCUCACAGUCCCUGUUUGAAAAGUGUCUCAAAAGCAAGUGGCUUCCAAAGACACACUGAAAGAUAAAAAUACAAGACAAACAUUUAUUUUUGCCUAAACACAUAUGAUCAUCAUAGUGUACAUUUUGUAUCACGUUUUAUAAAGCUAUAUCUAUUAUAUUGUUGUACAAAAUCUAGAAUUGAACAGUGUAUCAGUAUGUGUUAGAUGAGUACUACAUCCAGAUGGAACAUGUGUUUAUUGGAGUGACAAUAUUAUGGUGGGAAAGAAAGAAUCAUCGUUAAGUGAAUGAGAAAACAAAUGCAAUUCUGAGAGAACGGACCACUGCCGUGUGACAUUUAAAACUGAACUAAAGUACACUCAACUGUCCCACUUUUCUUUUUUUUUUACUCUGUCCCAUGUUUGGGCUUUGUGAGAUUGACGAUCAGUCGAAGAGGAGAAUCAAGUGGUAACCUGUUGAAUCUGCAGAGGAAAAAAAUCCAUUACUUACAAACAAUGAAGUGCUGAUGAUCAGCCAAGAGGGAUGUGUGUUCGGCAUCCAUUUUGUCUCAACUUGUAAGUGAGUGAUGAGCAAAAAGGGACACAGACUGACCGUAGGGAGAAACUAUGAGGCCAGCUGCUACAACAUGCAGUGUAGUAUUGGAAACAUCUGGACUUCUUCCAGAUAUCGGGGGAAUUGUUAUUGAAACAAAGUCUUGUCUUGUCUUGAGGGAAUGAACCAUGUUGAACCAUUGUAGGUGUGACUUCACUGAAAUAUCUCUUCAAAUGGACAAACGGAAUACAAAUGAUAAAAACUUAUAUUGUGGAAAAUGUAUAUACAGCAGUGUACACUCUUCCAAAAGGGUUCUUCAGCUGUCCCCAUAGGAGAACCCUUUUUGGUUCCAGGGAGGACCCUUUUUGGUUCCACAUAGAACCCUCUGCGGAAAGGGUCCUACAUGAAACCCAAAAGGGCUCUAUCUGGAACCAAAAGGGUUCUACUUGGAACCAAAACGAGUUCUUAAAAGGGUUAUCCUAUGGGGACAGCCGAAGAACCCUUUAAGGUUCUAGAUAGCUCCUUUUUUUUCUUACGAGUGUACAGGGUGUUCAUUUUUCAGUUGCGUCAGUAUGUAAAUCGAAUCAUUGUGCUCUCAUCCACUGUGGCUCACGGCUCCUAAUACGGUCGAUAUAUUGUCUGUUAAAAACGUAUUAUUUGAAUUGUAUAUAUCUCUAUAGUAUACAUUAUAUGUCAUUUGGAUGAGAUACAGUUGAAAUAUACAUAGGUCUACACAUGUUUAAUAGCUAUCUGAAUGUUCCCUUCCCUUCCCUUCUCACCCUCCCUUAUCCUAAUAUGAUACUCCCUCACCCCUAAUGUACAGUAAUAAUGUUCAUGAUUUCUUUUGCGCCAUUAGUUGAUUGUUUAAUAGUUCUGGACAAUGAAGCUGAGUGUUAAUAUCAUUGGCCACUCACUUAUGAAGCUGUAAAAUAUUAACCAUAUUCAGUGGAUUUAUGGUGGCAUAUUCAUUUUUUAAAUCAAUUCAAAUAAAAUGUACGAAAAAUGUU